GGAAAUAUAGUUGCUUUAUUCCAAAACUUGAACCUGCUGGAAAUUUGAAAGGAUGCAUGAUUCAUCGGGGCUUCACAUCGCUUUUGGAAUUCUCUCUGCAGACGACUCCCUAUGCGAAACUGUUCAAAACAAAAGUGAUUUGCACGUGAUUACAAAUGAGACACUAGAUAUAGUGUGGCGGAUUUUUGUGUUUGGACUGAUUCCUAUAUUUUCUGUUUUUGGAUUUGUGGGAAACAUCCUCAGCCUUGCUGUACUUUAUCACAAUCGAAUGAGAAACCCGACCAACUUUUGUCUGUCGGCUUUAGCUCUUGCCGAUCUUGGUUUUCUAGCACAAAGUCUACUUUUCGUUGGGACCAACAUUCAGCGUGAGCUAGACUCAGCCCUCGGUGAACAAAGAAGUCAGAUGUUGUACCCAUGGUUUGGAGCUUACGCCAGCUUAGUCGCAGCCCGAAUUUCCUCCUGUCUGAUCCUUCUUUUAACCAUAGAAAGAUUUAUCGCCGUUUGUUUCCCAAUACGUGCAAAACUGAUUUGUAACACACGCUGCACAUUAGCGUGCCUGAUUGCAAUUUGUUUGGUGACGUCCAUAGUUUUUCUUCCCUAUGCAUUUAAAUAUAAGAUCGUGUACGAUCAAAAGAAUGCAACACAAACGACUCUGACAGGAAUGCAUCUCACACUUUCAAAACUUGGAAAAAAUAAAGCUUUUUUCGAAGUCUAUGGAAUAAUAUUAAAUAUUGUGUACAGAUUUAUACCGAUAAUACUCGUGUUAGUUCUAAACUGUAGGAUUAUCAUAAUCACCCGAAAAACCUGCUCAACCCGCAAACUCAUGGGAACACUUGACGCGAAAAUUUAUUCCAAUGAACAAACUCGGAUUACUUUGAUGCUGGUAACGAUAUCGCUUUUGUUUGUGCUGUGUACUUUGCCGGGUGCUAUGCAAAGCAUUCUAUCACAUUACGCAGACGGGUAUACAAUGACUGGACAAUAUCGUUAUGCCUUUCAGUGUUUCAGCUAUGUAGCUUACUUUCUUGAGACCCUUAAUUGUUCACUGAACUUCUUCAUAUACAUGGUGAUGAGUAAAAAAUUCCAUAGGACAUACAAAGAAAUUUUUUGUUGUCUAAAAAAACAGAUGCAUUACCAAGUCCCAUGCAAUUCUAAGGAAUCCUUACGUGGCAUACAAAGAAGCGAAACGAGGCUCCUCCAUAGUAGCAUGAAAGGAUAAACUAUAAAUAUUAAGAAUUUUCAGUUGUGCAAGUCAUCAAGGAACUUGUUCAAAAUUUCAAAGAGCCGCAAAUCAUUAAUUACUGCAUAGUUUUUGGGAAAAUAUUACCUAAGUAAAUUCUUAUUAUAAUUUGGCAGAAAUUGGUUGUUUUCUUAUUUUAUGAGAAUUUUAUUCAUCUGUUUGCCUCCCACUUGCUGUAUUGUAAGAAUAUUGAACUCAAAGCAAUCUCAAUCACUCUCACAUUGACAUAGGAAAUAAAAAAUAUAUAGUUUAUACCACUGAUUUAUUGUAUGAUAAAUAAAGUUUAUUGAUAUUAUUUUU